UUUCGCAGGUGCCCUUCAUGCAGCUAAUGCAUGCGCGUGUGUACGUGUGGCCGCCGUUAUUCCAAUCAUUCGUGGCAUGCAUCAUGGCGUCCCUUGGUAAAGUCGACGAUGAAGCCUUUGUUACCUUGACAACUAAUGACCCAUAUGGGUACGGGGCCCUGGUCCUCGGACAGUCAUUACGCGAUGUGGGCACGACGAGGCAGCUGGUUGUCAUGGUAACGAAAGAAGUCAGUCAGCCAAUGAGGAGGCAGUUGUCGUUGAUCUAUGACGUCAUACAGCAAGUGGAUCCCUUCGACAGCCAGGAUGCCGCCCAUCUUGCCAUGUUGACCAGGCCAGAGCUAGGCAUCACUUUCACCAAAGUCCACUGCUGGACGUUGAAACAGUACAAGAAAUGCGUCUUCAUCGAUGCCGACUGCUUAGUUCUUCAAAACGUUGAUGAUCUGUUUGAGAGGGAUGAAUUUUCAGCGGCGCCAGACGUCGGCUGGCCAGAUAUCUUCAACUCCGGUGUCUUUGUCUUCUGUCCGUCGGAGGAAACAUACCAGGGCAUACUACAAUGUGCCGUGACACAGGGCAGCUUCGACGGUGGCGACCAGGGGUUGCUUAACACCUACUUCAGUAACUGGUCCACGUUAGACAUCAAGUACCAUCUACCAUUCAUCUAUAAUAUGACGUCAGCAGUCAGCUACUCAUACCGACCUGCCUUAGAAAGAUUUGGCCAGGGUAUUAAGAUCGUUCACUUCAUCGGUACAGCCAAGCCCUGGUUGUACACCUACUACCCCAACACCAAUUGCCUGUCACCGCCCGAGGGUUGCGGCAACGGGCACGACUUGAAAUACGUCAAGAAAUGGUGGGAUAUCUUCCUGGCCAACAUCAGGCCGAACAUUGAGCAUGAACAGGGGAUUGAUUUGUCGGGUAAGCUCGGCAAGCUCCGUUUAGAGGCUAGCCCGAUGGGCAGCCCCACGCUGUCAGAAGGCUCCCUGCCCGACGUCUCGCACCAAGAGGACUGGGAGAAGGGACAGAUUGACUACCUUGGGAAGGACAGCUUCGAUAAUAUCGCCAAGCACAUGGCCGAGGUGGCGAGCAAGAAAGAAACGACCGGGGCCAUACCAAAGGUGCCGAAGAAAGGUUUUGAUGAUUUUUGGCAGUUUCUGAAGGAUGGUAGCCCCACAGUGUCGACAGAAGGCAUGCCUAGCGACGAGGUAUCCCAUCAGCCUCAGCAACAGGGUCACGCGGACUACAUCAGCAUUGACUACAUCGCCAAGUUAAUCGCCAGCAAGAGCAAGAAAUUGGAAGGAAAGCCACAGGGUACUGAAGAUGACAAGGCCUCGCAUCAGGAGGAUUGGGAGAAGGGACAGAUUGACUACUUGGGAAAAGACAGCUUUGAAAAGAUCGCCAAGCACAUCGCUGAUGUGGAGAGUGGCAAAGUCAAGUUCGACGACAAAAAGGAUGUUGAAAUCAAGGUCACAACUCAGGAGGAGUGGGAGAAAGGACAGAUUGACUACUUGGGCAAAGACAGCUUUGAAAACAUCGCCAAAUACAUCGCUGAGAUGGCUGGCACGAGUGAAAAGUCGGAUGAUAAACCAAAGGAAACUGACGUGCCAACAGAAGACAAACCAACCCAACCACCAUCUCUGAAGGACUUGGGAACCAUGUUCUAUAUGGCAGGGGACGUCGUCGAUGAUAAUAUCGUUGCUGAUGAGGCUAGCAAAAAGGACAAGAUGGGCUUCACACCAAAACUUGUUGAAGAAGACAUUAUUCUGCCGGCAGAAUUCUUGCCUAUUGCGGACGCCUUUCAGCAAGAGUUGGAAAAGGGACAGAUUGACUACCUGGGCAAAGACGUCUACGAAGACAUUUUUGCCAAGCACAUCGCUGGGGGGCCUGACGAGAAGUUUGGUGACAAACAAAAAAUCAUUGAAUUGUUGAUCAAGUCUGGAAAACUUUGUGUGGAAGUUGAUCCGUUGAGCAUCUCUACCAUGUUGCCAGAAGACUCGCCAACUGAGGACUCGGAUCAGAACGAAAAAAAGGGAGAAGUCGAUGACAACAUUGCCGUAGAGGGAGACAAACCAAAGGUCGUAGAUCUGUUAAUCAAAUCUGGGAAUCUUUGUGUGGAGGUUAAUCCUAUGACUAGUCCCAAUGAGUCGGCUGACAGUUUGCCGAUGGGAACCAGCACCCCCGAGAAGGACAUAGAGAAUGGACCGAUGUUUGAUUUUGGCGAGGACGGCUUGGAUGAUAACAUCGUCGCUGAUGAGAUGGGUGGUGGUGGCGGUGGAUUGGCUGUAGAAAAACCGAAGAUUGUGGAUUUGUUGAUCAAGUCUGGCAAGCUGUGCGUGGAGACCAGUGAAUUGGAGGGCGGCCCCACUGCCGCAGCAGAGGAGGACCUGCCUCCUGAUGAUGUUGAGGAUGAGUUCUCUCAUCUUGAAGACUGGGAGAAGGGACAGAUGGACUACAUGGGUAAAGACAGCUUUGAUAAUAUCGCCAAGCAUAUGGCCGAGGUUGCUGGAAUGGGUAUGAAGACCGAGGAACAACCACAGGGUAUUGACGAGCAGUCUGAUAAGCUAGGGAUGUUUCAUCUCGGGCCCGUUCCUGUCCUGGCCCGUCCCAUAUCAGCAGAUGACUUGCCGAUGAAGGCCUCUAAGCAGGAAGACUGGGAAAUGGGUCAAAUGGACUACAUGGGGAAGGAUAGCUUCGAUAACAUCGCUAAGCAUAUCGCUGAGAUGGCCAGCAAGGGAGCUGUUUUGUUGAUGCACAUAUAAUCUGCUGAAGUUAUGUAUCAUUUUGCCAAAAGUUAAAUGAUCAGGAUAGUUUUGGUUUACUUAACUUACGCAUUAACUCUUUCAGUGCCCGCAAAAUUUGAAAAGUUUAACCCUAAAGUGCCCACUGCAACUUCGAGCG